GAGAAAGAUAAUAUCCCUGGCAAAGGACAAAUUGCAGAACUUUUGUGAGCCUUUGGAUUGAAUCUUUACUAAUCGCUUGGGAUUCUACAGAAAAUAACAAGUAUCACAGAGCAGAUUUUGCUUGGUUUUGGAAAACACUGGAAUAUAUAUAACAUGGGGUUGCUUUGCAAAGCUCUUCUGGUGCUGCUCCUUUUUCAUCGUAUGGCAGGUGGUGAGACUACAUCACCCACCCCUUAUGAUACUUCCAGUUCUGAUGUAACAACCCCUGAUGAUACUUCCAGUUCUGAUGUAACAACCCCUGAUGAUACUUCCAGUUCUGAUGUAACAACCCCUGAUGAUACUUCCAGUUCUGAUGUAACAACCCCUGAUGAUACUUCCAGUUCUGAUGUAACAACCCCUGAUGAUACUUCCAGUUCUGAUGUAACAACCCCUGAUGAUACUUCCAGUUCUGAUGUAACAACCCCCGAUGAUACUUCCAGUUCUGAUGUAACAACCCCCGAUGAUACUUCCAGUUCUGAUGUAACAACCCCCGAUGAUACUUCCAGUUCUGAUGUAACAACCCCUGAUGAUACUUCCAGUUCUGAUGUAACAACUCCUGAUGAUACUUCCAGUUCUGAUGUAACAACCCCUGAUGAUACUUCCAGUUCUGAUGUAACAACCCCUUAUGAUACUUCCAGUUCUGAUGUAACAACCCCUGAUGAUACUUCCAGUUCUGAUGUAACAACUCCUGAUGAUACUUCCAGUUCUGAUGUAACAACCCCUGAUGAUACUUCCAGUUCUGAUGUAACAACCCCUGAUGAUACUUCCAGUUCUGAUGUAACAACCUCUAGUGACACUUCCAGUUCUGAUGUAACAACCCCUAGUGAUACUUCCAGUUCUGAUGUAACAACUCCUGAUGAUACUUCCAGUUCUGAUGUAACAACCCCUGAUGAUACUUCCAGUUCUGAUGUAACAACCCCUUAUGAUACUUCCAGUCCUGAUGUAACAACCCCUGAUGAUACUUCCAGUUCCGAUGUAACAACCCCUGAUGAUACUUCCAGUUCUGAUGUAACAACCCCUGAUGAUACUUCCAGUUCUGAUGUAACAACCCCUGAUGAUACUUCCAGUUCUGAUGUAACAACCCCUGAUGAUACUUCCAGUUCUGAUAUAACAACCCCUGAUGAUACUUCCAGUUCUGAUGUAACAACCCCUAGUGAUACUUCUAGUCCUGAUGUAACAACCCCUGAUGAUACUUCCAGUUCUGAUAUAACAACCCCUGAUGAUACUUCCAGUUCUGAUAUAACAACCCCUAGUGACACUUCCAGUUCUGAUAUAACAACCCCUAGUGACACUUCCAGUUCUGAUGUAACAACCCCUAGUGAUACUUCCAGUUCUGAUGUAACAACCUCUAGUGAUACUUCCAGUCCUGAUGUAACAACACCUAGCGACACUUCCAGUUCUGAUAUAACAACCCCUAGUGACACUUCCAGUUCUGAUAUAACAACCCCUGAUGAUACUUCCAGUUCUGAUGUAACAACCCCUAGUGAUGCUUCCAGUUCUGAUGUAACAACCCCUAGUGACACUUCCAGUUCUGAUAUAACAACCCCUAGUGACACUUCCAGUUCUGAUGUAACAACCCCUAGGGACACUUCCAGUUCUGAUAUAACAACCCCUAGUGACACUUCCAGUUCUGAUGUAACAACCCCUAGUGAUACUUCCAGUUCUGAUGUAACAACCUCUAGUGAUACUUCCAGUCCUGAUGUAACAACACCUAGUGACACUUCCAGUCCUGAUGUAACAACACCUAGUGACACUUCCAGUUCUGAUGUAACAACCCCUAGUGACACUUCCAGUUCUGAUGUAACAACCCCUAGUGACACUUCCAGUUCUGAUGUAACAACCCCUAUUGACACUUCCAGUUCUGAUGUAACAACCCCUAGUGACACUUCCAGUUCUGAUGCAGCAACCUCUAGUGACACUUCCAGUUCUGAUGUAACAACCCCUAGUGAUACUUCCAGUUCUGAUAUAACAACCCUAAGUGGCACUUCCAGUCCUGAUGUAACAACUCCUAGUGACACUUCCAGUUCUGAUGUAACAACCCCUAUUGAUACUUCCAGUUCUGAUAUAACAACCCUAAGUGGCACUUCCAGUUCUGAUAUAACAACCCUAAGUGGCACUUCCAGUCCUGAUGUAACAACUCCUAGUGACACUUCCAGUUCUGAUGUAACAACCCCUAGUGAUACUUCCAGUUCUGAUAUAACAACCCUAAGUGGCACUUCCAGUUCUGAUGUAACAACUCCUAGUGACACUUCCAGUUCUGAUGUAACAACCCCUAGUGAUACUUCCAGUUCUGAUAUAACAACCCUAAGUGGCACUUCCAGUUCUGAUGUAACAACUCCUAGUGACACUUCCAGUUCUGAUGUAACAACCCCUAGUGAUACUUCCAGUUCUGAUAUAACAACCCUAAGUGGCACUUCCAGUUCUGAUGUAACAACUCCUAGUGACACUUCCAGUUCUGAUGUAACAACCCUAAGUGGCACUUCCAGUUCUGAUGUAACAACUCCUAGUGACACUUCCAGUUCUGAUAUAACAACCCUAAGUGGCACUUCCAGUCCUGAUGUAAUAACCCCAGGGAGCACAUCCAGGUCUGACGUUACAUCUCCAAGGGUCACGUCUACCUCUGAAGUAACAAAAGGGGAAACAGUUAGUCCUGCUGUAACAACUCUAGGGGACACAUCCAGCUCUCUAGUAUUAACUACAGGUUACACAUCGAGUUCUACUGGAACAAUUACAGAGAGAACAUCUAGUCUUACUGGAACAAUAACAGAUGGACCCUCUAUAACUACUGCAGCCAUUACGGUUACUACAUCAGCCUCAAAACCAGGUGUUGUUUGUAAGAACGGUGGUUAUUACGAUGGAACAAAAUGCGUGUGUAAACAGAACUUCUAUGGGAGACUGUGUGAAUUAAUCUCGAGCGAGAUUAGACCAGAGAUUAUCACCAAGGUGGACGUCACAGUCACAGUGGAGAAUGAAAAAUAUGACCAGGAGCUGAACAAUACAAACUCACCGCUAUAUAAGAACUUUGACAAGCGGUUUCAGGCGGAGAUGAAAAAGGUGUAUGAGAAAGUACCUAACUACCAGCACGUGGAAAUCAUAUCAAUCAAAUCGGGAAGUAUAAUAGUUAAACAUCUGGUCGUGUUGCAAACCUUCAUAGAAGACUAUGACACUUCCUUAGACCAAAUGGAGACAAUAUUAAACGCCACCAAUUGCACAGACAAUUCCGAUGAGAAAUUGUGCUUUAAACCAAACACUACAAAAGUGGUUCGAUCCAAGUUAAACGUUCCAGACGCCUGUUUAAAUGAUGUCACCCUCCCAGCUGAGGUGCGGAAAUACUAUGUCGUGAAGAACAUUUCAGGAGCAGUGUCUUGUGUGUCCAACUGCAGCGAGAGUAAUGACUAUUCUAUUAACUGCAACAACGGCCAGUGCAGUGUCACACUUCAAGGCCCACUUUGCUUCUGCACCACAUCAGACCAGUUCUGGUACACUGGAAGCCAUUGCCAGAUGUCCAUCAAUAAACUUGGGGUCUAUGCUGGGGUGCCAAUUGCCACGGCUGCACUGAUCAUUACCAUUGUGACUUUGUCUAUCUUCCUUCACCGACGCAAAGGGGGUCCAUCCAAAGAAAGAUUGAUAGAUGAAGAACAGCGGUGGUAUGAGGACGGCUUUGAAGGGGACAACAAUUCAGUAGGCUCUAACUGGAACCCAGGAGCUGGCAAUAAUGCAGAUGGUUCACCAAAACUCAGACCUCCACAAGAUAAUUUUCACCCAGUACUUUCGAAUGUGGACACAUCUUUGAAGGUGAAGGUCCCCAGACCUGAUGUGAUGUCAUAUAACAGGUGAAGCUGGCAUCUGCAUUUGGCAAGAAUGAAAACCCUUGAAGAACAAACGUAUCCACACAAGCAGCAUAUCUAUAGAGUAAAUGUAGAGAUAAAAUAAAAGACUUGAAAGGAA